CACGACGCGCAAACUCACGAAUGCAGUCGCUACAUUCGUGAAACAAACGCGAACGUGUUACUGAAGUAUAAUUAAAUUUAAAUUCAAUUUAUUUAUAUUAAUUAUUUCUAUAUAAUGAACAAUUAUCAAGUUUAACACGAUUGCAAAGUUUUAAAAAUACGUGGUGUUAGUGAAUUAAACUAUGCGCAAACAAGUUUAAACCGGGCCUCUUAAUGAAAGACAUAAAGGACACAGAAGACACAACGAGAAAUUAAAAUAAAGCCUGCAAUAAAUUACGAAGACUAAUUAAAUCAUUUACAACAAUAAAAACCACAAAAAUAUUUAAAAAUGUUAAAUGCAAUGUGUCCUUGAGAAUUCUAUCAAAUGUGAAUGCACUUAACAAAUUGUUAUUCAAUAAUUUGUUCGAGUGUGUUUGGGUGUGUGUGUGUUGUGAUGGUGCGCGCGAAUGACGGGCGCCCACCGACGACGCUGUAAUGCGCCUGCUGACGUGGAACUCGCUCAUCAUGUUCGACAUCGUCUUCGUCUUCUUCCUCUUCUUGAUCGGCGUCACGUGCCUCGUGUAUUACCUGCCCGGCAGGCGACACGCCGACGUCGACGACGAGCGUCCGCUCCAAUGCUACGUGACGGUGGCGGCCGCCGGCGGUAUGCAGGCAUCACCAGUUGAUCAUGUCUAACCACAAAUGCCGCGUCCGCGUAAUGCAGCAGUAGGACAGCAGCAGGUCGAGCCGCCGGGGCGGCAGGGGUUGCCGGAAUUGCCGUCGCUCGGCAAUCUGCUGACGGCGCGCCCCGCAGGUCUCAACGAACCCGAAUGCUGGGCAGUGUUGUGUCAAGCUGUGCAAGCACUGCAGGAUCUUUUUCUUUCUGACGGUGCUUCCAGCGGAUCAUGCAUUCCAUUGGUAACACCAACGAGCGUGCUACUGUCCGGCCGGGGGCGGGUGCGUUUCGAACCACAUCCGCAGCGCACGCAGACCGCUACCGGCCCGCCACCCCACUUGACCGGAUAUUUGGCACCGGAGUAUCGACCCGGAAGACGCGCUACCGACACGGAAGCCGAGAAGAUGUGGAUCUACGGCCUAGGCGAGACGCUGAAGAGGGCGACGUUAACGAGUCACGCCGCCGCCGCCCGCCUCAGCUCGGAGCUUUGCCAGGUGCUGGCGGACAUGACGCGACCACAGACGGCUGGUCGUGCAUCACUCAUGCAUCUACUCGACGUUAUUUCUGACUACUGUAAACGAAGAGAACAAAGUAGACCCUUCUCACACAUUUGUAUGGACUUGCAUCAAGAGGCCAUGGCUGCACUAGAAAUGGUCCUGGAUACUCCAUGGGGACCUCCGGCGAUGCCGGAAUUACGUUCUCUUACACGUAACAGUUCUGACCUAACGUCCACCAACACCACACAUCAGGUGCAUUCUAUCCCACGUCGUUGGAAAAAUCUUCGAUCACCCAACAAACAGCGUCUUACUCGCGAAGCCAGCACUAGCAUGGAAGAUCUUGGAAUGUCCGCUUCAGGUCCCAUCUCACUCUCACCGCCUGCAUCAAUGCAUAAUAACUUGGGAAUUACUUCAAAUAUGGGUUUUCAUUUACCAGGGAAAGCAAUGCGACCUAAGUCAAUGUGUAUACCAGAAGGCAUUCAACUGGAAAAUUUUGAAUCCUUACCAGCUAGUUUUACACAGUCUGAGUUUAAUUUGCACAGAUUGCCCGGUGGUAAUGCAAUAUCUGGUGAAAAAGGGUUUCGCCCAAUGACUUCUGGUGGUACUACAGGUAUCCAACGAUAUGGCAGUGACAAUAACAAAAAUGGAAGGCCUAACAGAGCAAGAAGAAAUCCUGUGCAUCGGGCUGCUUCGCGAUUGUACCGAGCCGGAAGUGACUCUUCACCAAAUUCCCCACAGAGUCCCAUUUUAACGAAUCUCCGUGAAUGUGUAGGACCUGAGUUUGUUGUACGAGCAUCUCUGCCAAGCAAAAUGUUUACAUUGCCUGAUAUUAAAGGUAGUGUGCGGAAAACAGUCACUGUGAUUUUGUUAAACGGGCAGAAACUAGACAUUCUUUGUAAUCCACAGACAACUACAGCUGGACAACUCUUUGAGUUGGUUAUUCAAAAGGAGCACAUAGAGGAAAAUUUCAUGCUCGGGUUGUCAGCUCUCAUUGCCGGUGAUUUUGUUUUUCUGCCUUCGGACACACGCGUUUGCAAAGCAAUGCAAGGCAACGCGGCCGGAAGCAGUCUGACGCUGUUCAUGCGCGUACGAUUCUUCCUGCCCAGCCUGCGGGGCAUACGUGGCACACAAGCAAAGCACUUGAUGUAUCUCCAGCUGCGCCGUUCCAUUCUCGAGCAUCAGCUGCCCUGCUCGUUCACACAACUUGUUGAUCUAGACGGAUUAGCCCUGCAAGCUGAGUUUGGGGAUUAUAACGAACGAGAGCACGGUGGCCAGGAUUAUUUUCUCUUGGAGCACUACGUACCGGAAACAAUGUCUGCCGUGGUCGAUGAUCGUAAUCAUCUAAAACGAGAGCUGAUCCGUUCACACAAGUUCAAAAUGGGUUUGGAUUGUGAUAAAGCCGAGGAGGAUUUCAUCAUUGCAGCGCAGAAUCUUCCUCAUUACGGCGGCCAUUUUUACACAGCAUCCUGGGUGCUUAAGGACCAUACACACAAGGACGUCUGGCUGUACAUCAGUGCGCAAGGUAUCAAUUUGUACGAGCGCGCCAGCACUACCAACCAAUGUGGACCGAUGCUUUAUGAAAGGUUCGAGUGGAAAACCAUCCAGACUCUUUGCUAUAGCAAGCAAUAUUUAUGCAUAUUGCCCCACUCUAUAAAGAUGCACACCUCUAAACUCAAAAAAUACAAAUUAAAGAUGGACCAUAAAAAGAGUUAUUUCACAUUCCGACUGGCGUCCCUCCACCAUCAAUUUUUCCUUCGGCUACGCACGGAAUUCACCUCGCUGACGUCGCUUUCGGCGCAGUUCGGCAUCCCGCUGAAAGACAUGAAAAAUGAGACGAACUCACUGUACAAGCUGGAAGCACUCACGAAUCGAUACCGGCAGUUAGACGCGGCGAGUGUGAAUGCUGAGACGGAAUUUCGCAUAGAGUUCAGGGCCUCGUCAGCGUCCAGCCACGAAAUUCCCAGUGACAACAAGUGGAGACGAUGUAGGAGCGUGGCGGAUUUUGGGACCGUUGACCAGGGGGACGAUGCCGACGGAUUGGACAAUCUAGAAGCAUUCCAGAAUAAAGAAAACGAACAGCCCGGAAAGCAACAUCGUGGUUUAAUCUUGGAUAGUAGUUGUUUGUCUGGAAUGUCAGGGUUGUCAGGCAUAAAUUUCGGGGAUAAAAGGAGAGGUGUCAAAAUGGGCACCAGGGCAUUCAGUAAUGUUUUACCAGUAGGGCAGCGGGUUUCAAGGUCGAUGGAAGCUGUCAAUGUUUUGGGAACAGAUGAAUUAGAACGAUUGUCUCUACAGUCUGUGUCAAUACCUUGCAGUGAAGCUUCUAUGUCUUCGCCAACUCAGGAGUCUAAACCGGAAGCUUAUGUUUUAGAUUGUUCAGCAUCAUCUAAAACCAACGAACACCAAUUUCUCCCCAAUUUUCAAGAAUCCCUGAGUGAAACCCUACAAGAGAAACUAAACAAUUUCUCAUUUGUUGAUGAACGUGUUCUGAAAUCUGUUCAGAUCAAAAAAGAUAUUCGGGGAUCUCUCGGCAUGCAAAUCACUGAAGGUUCAGAUGGAAAGGUCUACGUGCAAUCUGUCAUUCUCGGUGGGCCGGCGCAUUUGGCCGGAAACAUCAACGCCGGCGAUCAGAUCGUCGCGGUUGACGGCAAGUCCCUCCUCAGUUUGUCCUACACCUCUGCUCUCUCCCUUCUCAAAACAACGGGCAGUUCUGUCGAGUUCAUCCUUUCACAGGUGAGCACUCAUCAACCCCCAGUGACCGGAUCCGCCAAACCAACAAGAAAAAUUGAAUCCAAAUGCAAGAUGGAUCUGUCAGACAUCAACGAGAGUCAUCUAAAGUCGAUGAGGCUAGAGCGCACUAUGAAUAAACUGAAACGGAUCUCACUACAGCAGUCUGAAAAUGUUGAGAAACAUUUGACCGAGAGUUGUUACGACAUAUCGAAUUUACAUAAGUAUUCGAAUACGAAUUUGAACACCCAUUCCGGGCCAAAUUCCCACGUGCCAUAUCACAAACAUAUUAGGUAUGAAAUAGAAGCGGAGAUACAGAGUCCGCUAUCACCAAAGCCAUUCCAAAAUCUACACCAGUUUCAAGCCACACCACUGAACAAAGCCAGGUCAAAGUCCUGCAUGGAGAUUAACAAUAGAGCGGUUAUAGUCGACGCAAUACCGAAACCAAAUAUAUUUGAAGUAUUGGAAAGCGACAUGCCGCCCGCGAUUGCGUUACCCAGAAGUUUAGGGCUUAGCAGAAAAUGGCGUGGACCAGUGAAAUAUCCUGUAACACCAGUUAAAAAAGAUUUAGUUUUAGAGGAUAACAUUGAGAAUACUUUGAGUAAUUUUAGUAACUCUGACGACGAACAAGUUUUCAUAUAGACAUUUUUGGCAUAUGACGUUUUUGACAAAUAUUAGUUCAAUAGUUGUAGACAGCUUUAUAGAUUUAUUUACUAUACAAGAUUUUACUACGUUAUGUCGGAUGAAUGUGGGACAAAGCCGAAACUUGGCUGGAAGAGAUAUUUCACCCUGAGCAAACACCAAAAGGAUCAACUCAGGCUGUUCAUGCCCUCGAUCGUGUGUUUUUCGGUAGCUACGAUUUUGUAUACAGUGUACAUCUGCGAAUGGAAGGAAGUAUUGCAGUACAUGCCCUAUUACAAUUUGAAAUGGAAGACUGUUGAAAAGACAGAUGAAGAAGAAGCGAAGAAAGAUAGAAAAUGUAAAUAGUGUACAAAGUGAGGCUCACAAAAUUUCGGAAAAAUUCUUACUGGUGAUUUAAUAGGUUAGUAUUUAAGUUACACAAAGUGGGGCAGAAUUUUCAGAAAUUUUGAAAAAAUAUUGUUAGUAAGAUAGGAGGACUUUGUAACAAAUAAUUUUUAUUUUGCGCUGCCCCAUUUUAGUAUUUAUUUGAGAUCAGUUAUGAUACUUAAGUCAAAUAUUUGCAGAAACUUAGAAGUACUUGAAAACCAACGGAAAAUUACAUGAAAAUUAUGGAAAUAACGAAACGUAUACAUGGUAAACAAUUUUGUGAAUUUCUGAACAUUUAGAGAAAGUUUUUAAACACAUUUUUGACCAAACAUUUGACGAACUUGAAUUUCGAACGUGAAUGAGUUUAAUUAGUGCUUCCGUAGUUUAAAUGUCAAAGUGCCAAUGUUUGACGUACAGUAACUAAAUGUAAACACACAAAAUGUAUUGUACAUUAAAUUUAUCUGAACAUCAUGAACAUGAACAACAAACUGACAUUUCUGUAAGAAUUACAACUUAGAUAACUACUUGGUGCAAAUGAGAGAGUAACCUGAGAAAUUAUUCAAAAUGGCAUAAACAUGAUAAUAAUUACGAUAGCGAUAACGAUAAUUGUUAAUAACUAAUGGGAAAUUUGUGGAACUUAUACGACGAUAAUAAUAAAGUAGGCGUUUAACAUAACGAGGACAUUAAUCGCGAAUUCUAGGCAAACCGAAGGACCUAAGAUGAGGAUAAUAAUUUGGCAUUAAGUUUGGCGCAUGGGGCGGCACUUUAAGGACCUUUGGAGGACUUUGGGGAGCGCCGUCAAGCGGAAAGGACCUAAGGGAACAAUGGACUUUGAAUCUACGAACGGUACACUAACAUACACAUAUAUUCAAAACUGGUUUGCGUCUGGGAAAUGUUUUGCAUUUCGUAAGCUGCACUUCAAUAAUAUCAACGCAAUAUUUAAUUCCUUUUUUUAAUUAAAAUUUUCCGGUUAUUUAUGUACACAAAAUUUAAUUUUGUUUAUUUCAUAUAUAUUUGUUUUUGGAUAUUAAUUAUUCAAAUAAAUUAAAAUUAUUAAUUCA